AGUGGGGUGACUCAGGGGCUGAGCCUCAGCAUCUGGGAGGGUUUAUAAGCUGGGCCACCAGACCCUUCAGCACCACGAACCUUAUUCCUCACCCCUUGCUCCCUGGCCUCCAGGUCUCCCGGCAGCAUGGCCUUCAACGGCAAGUACGAGAUCGAGAGUGAGAAGAACUAUGACGAGUUCAUGAAGCGCCUCGGGCUCCCCAGCGAUGCGAUUGAAAAGGGCCGUAAUUUCAAGAUCAUCACGGAGGUCCAGCAGGAUGGGCAGAACUUCACCUGGUCCCAGCACUACCCCGGGGGUCACUCCAUGACCAACAAGUUCACCAUUGGCAAGGAGUGCGACAUGGAGACCAUGGGAGGCAAGAAGUUCAAGGCGACUGUGCAGAUGGAGGGCGGGAAGGUGGUGGUGGACUUCCCCAACUAUCACCAGACCUCGGAGAUCGUGGGCGGCAAGCUGGUGGAGAUCUCCACCAUCGGAGGCGUGACCUAUGAGCGUGUGAGCAAGAGGCUGGCCUGAGCAAGCAGGCGGGGCUCCGAGGGGCUCCAGAGCCUCCAAUAAAGCUGGUCCAAGGGUGGACAUUCCGCUCACUCCA